CCUACACUGGUUAGUCUGUUGCUGGAUGUGAAGGGGGACAGGAGACUGUCUCUCUUGCGAGACCUUUUCUCGUUCCAUAAGAGAAAUUUAAAGUUCUCAAGGAUUUACAAGUUUUGUUUUGCAUCUGAGUUAGAAAUACUGUAGACUCAGAGAGUGUAGAGAGAGGUUUGAAAUGGAUUAACCGUGAGAUUAUCCAUUAAAAAGCUGGUGUUUCAGUUUGUACCGAAGUUCAGGUGAAUAAACAACAGUUUUUGUUUGUGAGUGUGGAAGGAGGCUUCACACUACAACAGGACGGGUUUUCAACCUCACUUCUUAGACAAUCAUCUCGUCAUCAAAGUGGAUGGAAGUGACCAGCCCUACCAUUCCACAAACCUUCACAACAGCAAUGAGUUAAGUAGCGGCUCAGCUUAAAACAUGCUGAGGAGAGGAAUGGGCCUUGGCUUCUCCAUCGUAGCAAGAACUCAGGAAUACCUUAAGGCUAGAAGCAGCACCUUUGCGAAGCACAAUGUGUUAAAAUAAUGUAUAAAGACCUGAAUCUCCCAAGCCUCUUGUUUAUGUCAAAAUCAGUCGCUACCACUGUGUCCAGGUAUCUUCUCUCAAGGAAAGGGUAAUACAUGGCUUUCCAGUGACACAAAAGACUGUCUGUCUACUAGUCAAUUUCUUGGUGUCUACUUUGGCCAUGGGCAACCAGAACAGUGGGAGCGUUGCUGUGUCCCAUCCUCCUUCCAACUGGACGCAGAGCUUUCCUCGAGAGCACAAGAAGCUUAAGAAAUAUGGAGUUCUGUCAGAAAAUAAGGUGUUGCCACAAAGGAUACCAGGUCAACGUCUUAGGCCAACAGAAAAUGGCCAUGUUCUUCAAACAAAAGGAACAAUAACUGCAAAGCGGACACUUGAUUUUCAUGCUCCUCAUCAUCCAGUUUUCCCAUCUCCUCUAAAUCUCCAAGCAGUCGGCCAGCUACAUCACCCCUUGCAGCCACCACAUUCUGCCUCUAUGAGUGCACUUCAUCAUCCCCACCUGAACAAUGAUCACGCCUGUUUAAUUCAUGACAUCAGAUUUGGUCGUCCACCUUCUAAGACAUAUGCUAGUGAGCCUGAUUUAAGAGGAGCAACUCCUUCUACACCAGUUACAGUUCCCCAGACACAUACCAUAAUUAGUGAGUCUCCAACUAAAGGUAGGAUUAAAUCAAAAAAGAAAUAUAAAGCUCCUCCAGUACCUCAAAAUGGAAUAAAUGAGUCUUAUCCAUCUCCUAAGGAAGAGCAUCCAUAUUCUGUUGGUGAUGAUGUUACACAGUCCCCUCAAGGUUAUAUAUCACAGGAAUAUGGAGUUCAUUGGGCAGGACAACUAAUCAGCCAACCUUGUACAAGUCCAAGUGACCAAAAGCCAAAGCCACGGAAAGGUGGUCUGUUCCGCAAGAAAAAUGAAACUCGUUGUACCAGUGCUGAUGAACACUAUAGUUCAAGCAAUGAGCCAGACAGGGUAAGAGCUCUAAGUGAAGAACGACAUGCAGCUGCUUCACCCAUUCAAAAGUCACCACGAGAUGAACUCAGGGAGCGUGCUCGAAGUUUAGAUUGUUUGCAGCAUGAGCUCCGUCAUUCACCAGUCUCUCAUUCAGCACCAAUGGCUGCUACAAGUCUAACUCAUUUACAUCAUGUACAUGAGCCUAGAUUAUGGACAACACUUGAGAGAGAUUCACGACAUUCCUUGCAACAAGAGAUUGAUUCUAGAAGAAGCAGCACUAUUGAGCGGGAGUCAAGGAGAAGCAGUGGUGGAGAGAGGGAAUCAAAACGAAGUAUCACUUUUGACAGGGAACAACAUAGAAGCCAUCGAAGAAUGAGUACUCUUGAAAGAAAGCUUGAAGAAAGGAAGCAAUGGGCAAAUGAUGGACGUGACCAAGGUCAGUCAUAUAAUAGGCAGUUAUCUCGCUUAGACUGCUAUCGGGAUUCUUCUCACCAUCGUUCAUCAUCUACAGGGUCUCAUCAUGAAUUAAUUCCUGAAGAAUCAGGGAAGUUUGACACCAGAGAUGAAUGGAAUGGAAAGCAAACUGACAUCGCCCCAGGAAAGAAAGAAAAAGAACACAGAGUUAUCGAUGACUGGGACAAAGCUGAAGCUGAGAUAAAUCAGCGUAAAAAAAUAUCUGCAUCUUUACAAGCAGAACUCCUGUCAACAGUUAAGAAUCUGAAAAAAACCCCAGAGCCAGAGCAGUUGUCUUCUACCUUGACAAGUAAAAGUAAGGAGCAUGGAAAAGAUUCAUUUGUUUCUUGCCAGCAAUCCAGUAGUAAUCAAAUGACUGACACUCAGAAUGAAACUCAACCAAAGACUUUCUUCUUUGGAAUGGAACCUCAAAUACCAAAGAGCAAUCGAAGUGAAACUAAUACAGGCCUGCACAAAAUUAAAAAUCAAGAAGAGGUAGCAAAAAUAAGUCGUCAAGAAGCGGUGCACAUUAGUGGUCAGUCUGUUGAAUAUACUCGUCGCACGUUAGAACGUGUUGAUAAACAUCAGAGUAUGCAGAAAGAGGCAAAAAAGAUCAAAGGUAGUCAACAAAAGACAAGUAAUGAAUCUGAAAAUCACAAAAUGCAAAUUCUCAAUAAUCGCAGAAAACUCUCCAAGGAUGUAGAAGAUUUUGCUGUUGCCAUUGAACGUCACAAAGUCAAUAUUGUAGAUGGUGAAAGUGGAGCAAGUGGAUCUUCACGGCGAGAAGAUGGGGGAUAUCAUUCAAGACAAAACUCAGGGAGUCUUCACUUAGACAAUGAGCAAGUAGGUGGAGAUGGAGAACUCAGUCUAAAUCUGAGACCUACAUUACCAAGGCGUCAGUUAGAGAUACCAAGAUUCAGUCCCAAUGCAGCAUGGAGAUCUCUUAGUUUAGAACGUGCUAAUAGAAACACCAAUGUAUUGGACGAGAGUCGUAGUAGUGAAGACCCAGAACCUAUGAAUGAGACAAGAAUACAACAUUUAACACGUCCUACAGCACCUCCAAGAGGAACAGGAGAAAAGUCUGCAGAUUCAGGUAUUUCUGGAGAUGCUGGAAGUCCAGGACCUGGGCAUGAAUUUGAUCCCUUAACAUCUCAAGAAAAGACUAAAAGUAAUUCUGGUCCAUUAGCAGUGUCUUCACCACAUACAAUGGGACGGCAAGAAGUAAGACGAGCCUGGACACCAGCACAAGACCUUGAUGAUAAUAGUCUUGAUGGCAGUGGUGAGCAGCCAAUAAUUUCUGAAGGGCUAUCUACACCACCAAAGCUCACUUCACGCUCAAAUAUGUUUGGUAAGUCCCAAGAACUUGCAACAGAGCCAGACACAGACGUAGAUUUUACUAAUGAAACUGAACCAGUAUCUGAACUUAUUUCUUCUGAUAAAAAAGACCCUUGGGGAAGACGCAUCAAGAGAAAUGGCGUUGAUGUUUUCCCAAAUAAGUUUAAUAGUCUUCGAAAACUGAAACGUUCAGUAUCAGGUGCUAUAACAGUCCUUGGUCGGAAGAGCCCAGCCACUGAAGAAUGUUUACAAGGCAGAACCACUGAGGAAUCUCAGAUCUUCCAACAUGUAGAUGACUCCAACUGGAGAGACAACUGGUCUAUGUCACGAUCAAUACCCAAUUCGUUGAAUACUUGUGAAGAACAUGAUACAGAAAGUAAUUUGUCAAGUUCUCGAAACUUCCGGAGUAGAUCGGAAUCUCGACUCAUAGCUGGAGGAGGGGGUGGAGAAGCUGUAGAGGAAUCACGUUCUCGAACUCCUUCCUAUCUUCAGUAUGGAAACACUGGCCAUAUCAUGUACUUACCAGAAUAUAAUUCUCGGCGGAAACCCAGUGAAGACGGGAGUGACAAAAGAUUCCUGCAUACCACACAGCGUGAAUUUGAUCACGAACAGCAACAUGACCUGCAUCAUGCUGUUAGACCUCUGACGCCUGAAAAUGAACGUAAACCCCCAUCAGGUGACGAAGAUCCUUCUCAACCGGAGAACUUCCACGACAGUCCGGACUCUCUGCCGAAGAACUUCGUCGCCCAGCCAUCCUUCUUCAAGAAAGGCAAAGGGAAGAAGUUUUCGUAUCAAAGUACAGUCCGAAUUUUAGAAAAGAAAAAGUUGGAAGAGAAACUGGCUAGGGAAGUUGCCGAGAAAGAGAGAUUGAGAAUAAAAGAGAUAGAAGCAAUGAAAAAGGUUGAGGAAGAAUUUCAGAAGAAAAGAGAAAGAGAAAAGAAGAAACUGAAACAGCAACUAAAACUCUAUAACAUGCACAAUCAGCAACAACAAAACCAUCUGUCAAGCAGAGAUUACCACAAUCAUUCCUAUUCGAGCGAUGAGCAAGUGCCAUCCUCGUAUUCCAUUGAACGUCAUGAAAUCUCCAGUCAAGAUUCAUUCUAUAACACACCUUCCCUACCUCGGGCGCCUCCUCCUCCUCCUCCUCCUCAGGUAUAUGCAGCAGCAGCCUUUUCGUCUCUGCCUUCUGAAUUCCAAACAGAAGCAUCGCCGGGAAUCCUCUCUGGUUUGAAGAGCUGGGUGCGAGGAAGGAAGGAAAGUCGCUCUUCCUCCACCUCCACUCUUACCUCCGCCCCAAGGCAGGAGCCCGAUGGAGCCCCGGCUUCUUCACCACGAAAGAGUAGUGAUGACAACAACUCUGCCUCCUCAUUGCAGAAAAUUUCUGAUGAAAACAGCGACCAAAUAAAACCAGAUUUCCGUGCAGAGAUCAUAGCUGCCUCUAAGAAACGUAAUGGCAAAGCUCAGAAUUACCAAGAGAUUGCCCAUUCUCAGUACUGUCUUUCCCAGAGUCAUAGGCAACGUGCUAGUUACCAAGGUGAUGACAUAGAGAUAUUUGCACCACAAAGUGGGCACAGUCAAAAUCUAUCAGAGGAUACCAAGUACUUUGCAACUCAUGAGCAGAGGACGAGCAAGUGUCGUAGUCGAGAAGACUACCAUCUGCCUGGUUCCCCUGACAGCAAGCGUCUGUCUCUGUCGCAAGGCAUGAUGCAGGAACUCCCAGAGUUUCACCAACAGAGAAGAGAAUAUCGAGAGUACCGGAGCCCCUCUCGACAGUCUCAGUCACCUUCUACGAGAAAAGCUAGUAGUCCACCUUCAUCAAUAGCUCCUGCUAAGAUUUCUAAUUACCGGCGAGAUUUUUGUCAUGGUAAUGCCCAAGUCAUCGGUCCUAACGUUGUCUCUGUCAGAGUGAAGAGAACUGAUGAGAGUGAUAGAUACUCAAAGUACUCGAGCGAUGACCGGCGCUCACUAGGAAGCAGUGGUGUCCAGCGCAGUGCUUCCGCAGAGCUACUGGACAGCGCCUCUUGUUCCUCUUCCUCCACCAGCAAAUACCACAGUCGACUUCAGACAUCACAUGCCUUUGCUGAUGGUUCUUCAAGUCAGAACUACAGUAGGAUGAACGGGUAUCCGCCAGUGGACAGCAGUCCGGCACGAUUUGCUCACAACAUGUUAACUCCCUUCAAUAACACCAAAGGUUAUAAACCUGUAUCCUUCAGUCCAACACCAUCAACUAAAAUUCUUCCUGUGAACUGAUUCUCGCAGAAAUGCUCUUUAACUGUGCCGACCGGGAUUUGCAGAGAGAGAGAGAGAGAGAGAGAGAGAGAGAGAGAGAGAGAGAGAGAGAGAGAGAGAGAGAGAGAGAGAGAGAGAGAGAGAGAGAGAACCUGUGUUAUUAGUUUAGGUUAGUUAUGGGUAUGAAGUUUUUAUGAUCCCUUGUCUUUGAAAUGGAAGGCUAACACUUGAAGAAAAGGGAAGUUCUGUUCAUACAGGAACUGCUGAAUAAGAGGUAAGUUUUUCAGCUUGUGCUCCUAGUGAGUAACUGAUAUUGUGUGCCAAAUCGGACAAAGUUCACAUAGGAUGAGGUACGACUUCUAGUAUUUUAUUGAAACACAUAGAUAAAGUAAUAGUAUAGUAAAGAACCCUAUAUUUAUUGUGUAUUCUUCAGUAUUAUCUUCAUUUGAAAAUUGUCUUCAUUCUUAAAGGUAUGAGCUUUAAUGCUUCUAAUGAAUGUACAGUAUAUAAUUUAAAUGAACCUUCUCAUUUGAAAAGGGAGCAAAAUACAAAUGUUCAUAGUCUGAUUAUAUAUCUUUUUUUGAGUGAUUCAUAACCUGUUUAUAUCUCGAGAUAGGAUCCAACAAAGGAUUUGCAGGAAACGAGUACCUACUGUAUAUUGAUCAUAUUAACUUUUCCUGUCUUAUGCUAUGGAAGGCUGUUGUUUGUUUGGCCAGCUCUUCUCCUGUCUUAUGGAAACGAUUCUUCUCUUAAAUUUAAACAUCUCGUUAUUCCUGAUUUUACUGCACGUUGCUCUCAACUUUUAUUAAGUCAUCCAAAGGUUCUUGUGUAGAAAGGUUGUGUAAUUUAAUAGAUUUUUAUUCGUUCUCACAAAACAUGUAUGUACAAAAGAAAAGGUCAGGGGUUAUAUAGUAUAUACAGUACUUGAAUGAACAGUGCUUUAGUUUUGAUAUGUUACUACAUAGUAUUCAUGCAAUUCGUUUUACUCAUUAAUAUAAGUGCAUCUCCCCGGUGGAUAUUCUUAAUGAAUACAGACCCUAGUAUAGCAUGAAGAUUACUCUCCCGAGCUAAGGUUGUUACAUGAAAUUUGGUUGAUUUUUAAUAUAGUAUCUAUCUUCCAUAUUUCUUUAUUUUUCUUUAUGCCUCGGUAGAUGCUCAAGACACAAAAAGUCCUAAAAUUUACAUAGAUGAAAUAAUACACGGUUGUGGUGGUCGCUAUUUUUUCAUUUAAAUAUGAAAUUAUUCUGCGGUAUCAUUACAAGUGGUUAGUUAUGCUCAAGCUUGCAGAUUUUUAUGAGCCAGCAGAAUUUAAUGUAGAGAGGUUUUGAAGUCCUUUGGCUUAGAGUUUGUUUCCCCAGAUACCAAAUGUUCAAGAAUAUCACAUGAUAAAAAAUUUAAUGAUCUGUCGAACUGUUCAUUAAUAAAUUACACCAGCAGAAUUACACUCCUUAUAAACCGGGUAUUAAGUAAGCAGACUUACAGACAAAGUUUUAUAAUAUAAAUUUUGUUUAAAAUAAAUCUGCUGAUUGUGUUCAGCUUCAGCUCUAAAUGGUGAAGUCUGCUUCCAGCAUAAACGUUUUAACCAGUCCAGCUCUGACAAAAACGGCAGAUUUGUAGAGAUAAUAACAAUAUUGUGUUAAUAAACUGCCACUUGGAAUGAUUCACGUCUGAAACACAUUCAGGCUAUCCCCUUAAAUACACUGGUUACUAUCCAUUAAUGGAUAACCUGUACAUAAAUUCUCCGUGAGAUUCACAGUCUUCCAAAAUGUUUAUUAUUUUGUGACUUUAAAUGGCUAAUGUAUAUAUUUCCUGUAUAUAAUGUUUUUGUUUUUAUUGAUAAGAUUCUAACAACUGCUUCAGAUAUGUUAAUUAACAAAAAUAAAUCAUAUUCAACAUUU